AUGCAUUUCUCACUCAACGCCGCCUCCUUGGCCGCCAUCUCCCUCCUCUUCACCAAUGCCGGAGCCGUCCCUGCCACCCAAGAAACCCGUGCCACUUGCGGCAGCGGUAAUCUCGACCUCUCCAAGUGGAAGCUUCAACUUCCCACCGGCAGCACCGGUCACCCCGACACCAUCUCGUCUUCUGACCUCUGCAACGGCUACUCCAGCCAGUACUUCUACAUGCAGGGUGAUGCUCUCGUCAUGAAAGUCCCUGGUGGCCCAUCAUCCGGCAAAUGCGUCACCACGCCCAACAGCCAGCACUGCCGUACUGAGCUCCGCGAGAACAAGCCCGCGUCAUGGGAUCCCAAGGGCAAGACGAACCGUCUCAUCGGUGACCUCAAGGUUACGCAGAACGACGGCGAGAUUUGCAUUGGUCAAAUCCACAUUGAUGAUUCCAUCUCCAGCAAGCCAGUUGCCGAGUUGUACUACAACUCUGCGGGUGCUUUGGCCGUGGGCGUCAAUACUUGCCGCACUUGCAGCCAGAAGCGCACCUCCAUCGGCAAUGUGCCCAAGGGCCAGCGAUUCACGUACGAAAUUCGCUACGAGGGCAACAAGCUGUCCGUCAGCAUUAACGGCGGUGCGUUCAAGACUCUCAGCACCUACGACUUGAAUGCUCCCAAGAGCUACUUCAAGGCUGGCAACUACAACCAGCAUGAUGUUCCUACCACUGUUCAGUUCUACAAGAUCCAGACCAGCCACUCUUAG